GGAAAUAUGGACAAAGAAUAACCAAGAUGAUGUAAUAGGAAGAUUAUAAUACUAGACCACGUAAUACGAAUAAUAACGAUAGACUUAAUAAGUUAGUAACGAAUUAUAGUGUGAAUGUAGUAAGACGAUUAAAGUGUUUUUGUUACAAUCUUAUUCACUCUUUAUAUUACCGAAUACACUGGAUAUGUAGUACUGAAAGCAUUGACGAAGAACUUACAUUCCUCAGGAAAACUGAUGAAAAAUGGCUAUCCAAACCGCUUCAUAGAUAAGAAUAUGAAAAGAAGUAGUAACAAGGAAUCCGGUUGUUCCGUUCUAAUGAAAAAUCUUCAUAUAAAUUUGGAAUUUAAAAGUGAUCGAACAUCUGGUGUAAUCAGAAAUUGUUUGACGACAGAGAUAAACAGAACAUUCUAUGCGGCAAAAAUGAAAAUAACGUUCGCUGGUAGGAACUUGUUUUCUGUAUGCGGAAAAGAUUCCCCGUCUGGUCGCCCCCAUGUGCAUCUACCGGUUUUGUGGAGCAAGGUACAUUUGCCGUAGCCAGUGCUCGCUUUCAACUUGGAUACGGGGACAUGUCCCAGUAUGGUU